AUGGAAGGCAGUGCCCACAUAACCAUCAUGGACGAGUGCUACCACCCGACGCAGCUGUCGCUGUCGGAGAAGGCACGGGACGCCCUCCGGGGCACGGGAGCCCUGUACGCCGUUGACAGCUCGUGCGUGUACCCCGUGAACACGAGCGGAGGUGGCGGCGCACGGGCGGGAGUAGCCGCGGCCAUGGGUAGCGUCACGGGCGUUUUGUCCCCUGAAGACUUCCGCCAAACUCAGGAUGGCUGCUUGCCGGCCGUUCUUGCCGACCUGACCAUGCGGCCGCGGCUACCCCUGAAACCGCAGCUGCAAAAGCAGAUGUUCGUCGGUGGUGGAGAAAGGGCGAUGCUUCCUCGAGAAUUUCAGCUGGGCGCCGGGGCGACCGCGAGCUCGGCGAUCGCGGUAGACUGGGACAAACUCCGAGAAAUAUCGGCACGUCGAUUCCCGGGGUUUGGCAAACCUAUUCCGAGCGAGUUGGCGUCUUCCGAUAAGGUGCGAGUAUGUUCUUGA